GAGAUAGUGACAGCCCCUCUGUUGGUUGUCCAGCACAGGCCACCCCACCUCUCCUCCUCUUCCACUCUGGUCUCUUCCUCUCCUUCACCUCUCUCUAUUUCUCUCUUCAACACUUUGACCGGCAACAAAAGUCCUUCCGCCUUCUCUUUCCUUUUCUGCCCCCUUUUCCUCUCUUUCUUUUAAAUCCCUGUCGGUGGUUCCGUCCAUCUGUUUCUUCGGUCUCUCCCUAUCCUAUCUUCCUAUUCGAACAACCGUCAUCAUGGGUGCUCACUCUGCGAUCUGGCAAGGCUAUGUUGACUCUAGCUUGAUGGGUUCCGGCCAGUUUGACAAGGCCGCCAUCCUCAGCCACGACUGUUCCGGCGUUGAGGCUAGUUCCCCCGGUUUCACGAUCUCGCCCCAGGAGAUCAGCGCUUUGGCUGCUGGCUUCCGCGACCCAGGCUCCGUCCAGGCCAGCGGUUUCACUGUCGGAGGUGACAAGUUCUUCGCCAUCCGCGCCGACGACCGUAGUCUGUACGGCAAGAAGGGUAAGGAGGGUGUCGUCGUCGUCAAGGCCGUCUCUUGCGUUAUCGUCGCCCACCACGGCGAGGCCGUGCAGACCCCCAACGCCGCAACUGUUGUCGAGAACCUCGUUGACUACAUCAACAACCCCCGGUAGAUGCAGUUCGGUGGGAAAUGAAAAUGAAUUGAAGAUUUAAAACAGUUGCUUUUGCGCUGUCGAUUGUGUGAAUAUGAAUUAUGAUGGUGGUUCCUUUUCUUAUCUUGUUAUACAGAACCGUAGAUAUCAAUGGUACUGAAAGCAGUACAUCACAGCUAAUUCAGACCCCGAGUGCAACUCCCUGGGACUUGUUCCAUUCCUUUAAUAAGAACAGAAAUAAACAUUAAUGAUUACUAUUUCAUGCGUCACGUCAUCUCAUGCAAUCCACCACACCCAUAUCGACAUCACAGGUGCUCAGUGGCCGUGUCAAUGCAUACAUACAAUACAAUCUAUCCCACCUCAAUACACCCCUAUUCCUAUAUCUUAUACCACCCUCGAUUCCCCAGCCCCCAAAAAACUACACCGGCAAUUCAGCAUUGCUCCUCGCACCCCCCGCCAAAACCUCCAACCCCCUG